AUGUGCAUCAGCAGCACGCGGGCGGAAUUUCCUCGGAUCACACCUGCGCCACUGCAAACGGGCUCGGACCCGGGCGCAGGCUCAGUGAGCAUGUCAGCUACCAGCUACCAGCUACUACCAACUGCCAUGCGUCCAGUACUGGAUUCAUACGAGCACCCGCCUCCCCUCACCCACUCGCCGCGCGAAUCCACCGCAGCGAGCACUCCCAUCACCACGCCUGUUGACCACCCUUCGUCGCCGCACUUUGGCCGUGUCAACAAGGACUCCCCCGCCACCCUCGCCAACCUCUGGCACCGCAAGCCCCACGAGCUUGCCGCUAGCCGCCAACCAGACGAGGACGUCUUGUUCGAAGACGCGGGCGAUUGCAGCUUCUCGCUCUUCCCACAAGAGCCCCAAGUUCACGCCGGCUUCGCAGACAUGGCCACUGCCUCGCCCAUUGACAUCCAGACGCCCCCGCGCUAUGGCUCAAACUCUCCCCCAAACCAAACCUCCAAUCUCACCUCUGCCCUCAAGCAGGCAGAGGCCCAGCCAGACCUCGCCACCACCCCGGGUCUGCUAAACCCUAACAACUUCGACUUCAAUCACAAUGCCCGUCCCAGCAUCAGCGAGCGCCACCCCUCCAUCAGCAUGCUCGGCUCUUCCUUUUACGGAAACAGCGGCGCCAGGCCCAUCACCAUGAAGGACCGCGGGCGUCGCGAGAGCACAAACAUGGGCAGCUUCGCUGGCGGCAUGAGCUGGGGCGGCCACUCGGUCGGCUCGUGGAUUCGCGAUGACAUCAUGAUGGGCACUUCACCCGCACCUUUUGCCAACAACUCGCCUUCGUUCCACUCGUCGUCAUAUUUGCCCAAGAUGGAAGCCGCCUUUAUGAAGGAUUUUACUUGCUGCGGCCUCACCCUCGCGUCGCUGCACGAUCUGCUGCAGCACUUUGAGGAGACGCACGCAAACGCGCCUGCAGCCCGCCCCCAACAGCCCCCCACAAAUGGCUUCACCUCUGCAUCAGGCGCGCCAACAAACUCAAUCGCGCCCAGCCAGACUCAGGGCGAUGCACCCUUCAACACCCAAAAUGGCUUCCAACAAAGAUCGGGCUCAGUUGGCGCGCACCGCCCACGGAUAGGCUCCGUCAGCCGCUCCAACCUGUCCACUGUACAGGACAUGGAUUCGCUAGACGACAUGGAUAUGGACGACAUCAACUUUGACACACUGGGCUCCAUUGACGAGCAGCAGCAGCAACAACAGCAGCAGCCGAUGCAGCAAUUCCCAGUACAAAAUCAAUUCAACCAGAACCAGAACCAGCAGUCAAAUCUCAACGUCAACGUCAACAUGGCCAACAACAUGCAAAACCACCAAGGCAUGCGAACAUCAACGCCAAACACGCCCUCGGCCUCGCAGCAAUUCAACCUCCAGAACAACCCCACCGUGUCUUCGGUCAACACGCCAACAAUGGGCACUAUGCCCAUGACAAACCACAACUUGACCUCGCCAGAAUCCUCACACCCCGGCACUCCAGCCGAGCUUGACAUGGAUUUUGGCGGCUUCAACCCAAUGAUGGGAAUGGACAUGGGGAUGCCCAUGGGCAUGAACUUCAACGGAAAUGGCAACGGCAACUUUGGCAUGGCCGCUUUUGACAACAAUGGCACAAUUGACCAGCCAGGCAAGCGUCUGUUCAGCAAGCAGGGCGGUGGUCUCAACCAAGCACAGCUGCAAGCAGCCCUCAAGAACUACCAGCUCAGCGGAAACGAUCAGAGCGAAAUGGCCAGGCGGUUACGGGAACAGCAGCUUCUUAACGGUGCCAGCAUUCCCCAAUUCCCAUUUCCCGAAGAGGUCAAGCCAUUCCGAUGCCCAGUUAUUGGGUGCGAAAAGGCAUACAAGAACCAAAACGGUCUCAAGUACCACAAGCAACACGGCCACCAGAACCAGCAGCUCAAGGAGAAUGACGAUGGCACAUUUUCCAUUGUCGAUCCCCUGACGUCGAUCCCAUACCCCGGCACAGUUGGCAUGGAGAAAGAAAAGCCAUAUCGCUGUGAAGUAUGUGGCAAGCGGUACAAGAACCUCAACGGUCUCAAAUAUCACCGCUCCCAUGCACCUCACUGCAACCCCGAGUUGGCCAUGCAGAAGCUCGGCCUUACCGGAAACCUUCAGAAUCUGCAGAAUGCCAAUGUUGCGGGUGCUGGAAUGGCGCAAAUGGCUACAUACGGUACGUUUGGUGGGGACGCGGAACGGCAUCCCGUGCCUAGGUCUGAAGCGCCAUGGGAGAAGCUAAAGGCUGAGUCGUAUUCCCUUUUCCUAAAGCUGAGCGAGUUGCCAAAGGGGACGUAUGAUGAGUUUGAAGCUUCGUGGGCGGAUGAAAAAGAGAAUGGUGCGUUCAAGGGUGGGUUGGGCGCGGUGAUUGUGGUGAGGUACAGUGAGACGCCUGUUGGCCCAUACGACGAAAUCAUCUUCGUCCCCGGCAACUUCACCACGCCUCUCCCCCCAACACCCUCCUCCCUCCCCGCAAAAGCCCUCCGCAUAUCUCGCAUCUACGUCUCCCAACGCACAACCACCUACAACGGCCGCCUAAACUGGAACAUACCCAAACACCUCGCCCGCUUCUCCUUCUCCUCCCCCCCAACCCCCGCCGGUGCCUCCCCUCCUUCCUCCUUAACCGUAAAAGUCUUCCCCCCUUCCUCCAUUGACGGCGACUCCACCCCGCCCUUCUUCGCCUGCACCCUUACACCUUGGAAGUGGGUCCCAGCUCUACCUGUUAAUACGAAAUAUAUUCCUUUCAGCUUGGCGGUUGUUCAACCACCUAUUCCUGAGCCGCCGGGGCACAAGGAGGCGCUGAAGAAGGUACUUGAGGGGGAGAAGGUGGAUCCGUACGAUAUAGAUCCGGACAAGGCGCUUGCAGUUCUGGCCGGGACGGAUAAGUGGAGGGAGUUUGAGAUUAGCGCGAACAGUCCACGGGCGAGGGGGUGUUGGGUGCAGGUUCAUGAGCCUGAGGGGGAGGCAGGUGAGGAAGGGGAAGGGAAGACAUAUUUUCCGAGGGAGUUAGGACCUUGGAGGGUUGGAGGGUGGAUGGAAGAUGUGGAGUGGUCGAUUGGGGGGGUUACGGAGUGGACUGUUGAAAAGGCGGGGACUUGAGGGUAUUGCUAGAAGAGAGGGAAUCGAAGGAUGGAUGUAUGAGAAGGAAGCUGUGUCCUCCUGUUUUUCUCUCUUAGGCGUUAUUUCAAGGUUGAUAGUUUAAUAUAUCGAUAUACGAACCAAUUUCUC